AUGGUCGAAUCAUCAGGGAAUCCACUCGUUUCGACUACCCGCGCCUCUGACGCAAGUCCAACAGUACAACUUCACCCGCUGGUACUCCUCACAAUAACAGACUGUGUAACACGGCACACACUACGACAGCAGACAGGACCAGUAGUCGGAGCCAUACUAGGCGCGCAAGAUGGUCAGAAUAUCACGAUGGAGGUUGCUUUCCAAGCAAAGCUCCUAUCAAACCAAGACGGAGAGACGGUACUACACGACGAGUGGUUCAGCAAGCGUAUCGAAGACUUCAAGGAUGUACACAAGGAGCCACAAUUAGACAUUGUAGGCUGGUUUACCCUCGGUCCCGCCUCCGGUCCAGAACCUCACAUCCUUCCUAUCCAUUCGCGCAUAUCCGAAGUCUACACCGAGUCUCCGCUACUCGUACUCUUCCAUCCAGAAAAUGCUUUCUCCAAAGAAACCGCUGCCGGAAAGCUGCCUCUUACCGUCUACGAGUCCUUGUCCGUCAAUACAACGAGCGAUCCGAAUGAUAAGGCUAUGGAUAUCGACGGGGCCGUACAGGCAAAAUCUACAAAGUUCAGAGAGCUAGUAUACUCGAUUGAGACUGGCGAGGCGGAAAUGAUCUCUGUCGAUUUCGUCGCGCGGGGUGGUGGCAACGCUACUGCAGUGGAAGGCACAGCAAACGUGGCCGGUGCAGCGCCGGAGCCCUCAAGAACCGAUGAGGUUACUGGGAAGCGGAAUACACGAGGGAAGCAAAAGGAGAAGGAGAAGGAGAAAGAAAAGGAUGCGCCAAUCGAUGAGUCAGUCAUCUUGAAUGCAGACGACGAAGAAGUUCUCUCUUCGCUUACAGCCAAGAUGAACGCCAUUCGCAUGCUGAGCCGACGAAUCAUGCUCCUGCGCGCAUACAUCGACUCGCUCCCAGCAUCGUACCUCUCCGACCCUUCCCUACCAGUCAACGCCGCGCCAGACGCGCAACAUCCCCUACCUCUAGACCACUCGAUUCUCCGCAGUGUAUCCGCCAUGCUCGCCCGCUUGAAUAUCCUCGGCCCGCCAGACUCAGCCGCUUUCUCGCUUGAGUCUCAGCAAGAAGCAUCAGAUGUGCAACUAGUCAACCUGCUAUCGUCCAUUACAAACUCUGUAUCCCUGGCAAAGGAUCUCGGCCGGAAGAGCUCCAUUGUGGAGCAUGCCAAGACCCAGGGCAAGAACCGCAUGGGCGGGUAUGGCGGAGGUGGCAACUACGGCGGCGACGCCAAUUUCUUCAAUACUGUCAUGAGCGGAGAUUCUGGUGGCGACAGGUGGUGA